GCGCGGGGAGUGGGCAGAGCUGCGCCCCUGCUCUCCGACUCAGCGCGCUGCGCACCGCCGGCCACGGCUCCCAUAGCCGCUGCGUCUCCUCCCGAGCGGGCCCGGUCCGGCGCGGCCGGGGCGAUGUGAUCGGAGCCCCGCGGGCGCGGCCGGCCGCCGCGAUGUGGCUGAAGCCUGAGGAGGUGCUGCUGAAGAACGCGCUGAAGCUCUGGGUGACCCAGAAGAGCAGCUGCUACUUCGUCCUGCAGCGGCGGCGCGGGCACGGCGAGGGGGGCGCCCGCCUCUCGGGUCGCCUGGUUGGUGCUCUGGAUGCAGUGCUGGACUCCAAUGCACGGGUCGCCCCAUUUCGGAUUCUACUGCAGGUCCCCGGGUCCCAGGUCUACUCCCCCAUCGCCUGCGGUGCAACAUUAGAGGAAAUAAACCAGCACUGGGACUGGCUGGAGCAGAAUCUCCUCCACACUUUGUCUGUCUUUGACAAUAAAGAUGACAUUGCCAGUUUUGUCAAAGGAAAAGUAAAGGCCCUGAUUGCUGAGGAGUCCAGCAGCCGACUGGCUGAGCAGGAGGAGGAGCCCGAGAAGUUCCGGGAGGCCCUGGUGAAGUUUGUGGCCAGGUUCAACUUCCCCGAGGCAGAGAAGCUGGUCACCUACUACUCUUGCUGCUGCUGGAAGGGCCGGGUGCCACGCCAGGGCUGGCUGUACCUCAGCAUCAACCAUCUCUGCUUCUACUCCUUCUUCCUGGGCAAAGAACUUAGACUUGUCAUCCCUUGGGUUGACAUCCAGAAAUUGGAAAGAACGUCCAAUGUCUUCCUCACGGACACCAUCCGGAUCACCACGCAGAAUAAGGAGCGCGACUUCUCCAUGUUUCUCAACCUGGACGAGGUGUUCAGGAUCAUGGAGCAGCUGGCGGACGUGACACUCCGGAGGCUGCUGGACAAUGAGGUCUUUGACGUGGACCCCGAUCUGCAGGAGCCGAGCCAGAUCACCAAGAGGGACCUGGAGGCGCGUGCGCAGAACGAGUUUUUCCGGGCCUUCUUCCGGCUGCCCCGGAAGGAGAAGCUGCGCACCGUGGAGGACUGUGCCCUCUGGACGCCCUUCAGCCGCUGCCACACAGCCGGCCGGAUGUUUACCUCGGACAGCUACAUCUGCUUCGCCAGCCGUGAGGACGGCCGCUGCACCGUGGUCCUGCCACUCCGCGAGGUCGUGAGCAUCGAGAAGAUGGAGGACACGAGCCUGCUGCCCAGCCCCAUCCUGGUCAGCAUCCGCAGCAAGAUGGCGUUCCAGUUCAUCGAGCUCCGGGACCGCGAGGGGCUGGUGGAGAGCCUGCUGGCGAGGCUGAAUCGGGUCCACGCCGACCGCCCUGUGCACUACGAUACCUUGGCAGGCGAAGGCGAAGACGUGGUGUUUUACUCAGGCCUAUGUGGUAACCCUAAGUUCGGGGACCUUGAAAUGGUGUCUCCCCCAAGCAGCGAGGAGAGUGAGGAGAAGAGCCUGCCACCACACCUUGCGCCCCUGACCCCGCUCUUCCCACAGCCGGGCAGCCCGAGACCUGACUGUCACCUGGGUCCCCCGGAGGCGGAGCAGUGGCUGAGGCCUCACAGACGUGUCCCCCCGUCCCGGGAGCAGGUGAAGGUCAGCCUGUGGAACGACCACCUGGCGGAGUAUGGCAGCACAGUGUGCAUGUUUCGCACCGAGAAGAUCCGCAAGCUGGUGGCCAUGGGCAUCCCUGAGGCCCUGCGCGGGCGCCUCUGGCUCCUGUUCUCAGAUGCUGUGACAGACCUUGAGUCACACCCGGGCUACUAUGGGAAACUGGUGGAGGAGUCACUGGGCCGGAGCUGCCUGGUGACCGAGGAGAUUGAGCGCGACCUGCACCGCUCCCUGCCUGAGCACCCGGCCUUCCAGAACGAGACGGGCAUCGCGGCGCUGAGGAGGGUGCUCACAGCCUACGCCCACCACAACCCACGUAUCGGGUACUGCCAGUCCAUGAACAUCCUGACCUCUGUGCUGCUGCUCUACGCCAAGGAGGAGGAGGCCUUCUGGCUGCUGGUUGCCGUGUGCGAGCGGAUGCUGCCUGAUUACUUUAGCCACCGGGUCAUCGGAGCUCAGGUGGACCAGUCUGUCUUCGAGGAGCUCAUCAAGGAGCAUCUCCCGGAGCUGGCGGAGCACAUGAACGACCUCUCGGCCCUAGCAUCUGUGUCCCUGUCAUGGUUCCUGACCCUGUUCCUCAGCAUCAUGCCCCUGGAGAGUGCUGUGAAUGUCGUGGACUGCUUCUUCUAUGACGGGAUCAAAGCCAUCUUCCAGCUGGGGCUGGCUGUGCUGGAGGCCACCGUGGAGGAGCUGUGCAGCAGCAAGGACGACAGCCAGGCCUUGGUGACCCUCAGCAGGUUUCUAGAUCACAUUAGGAAUGAAGACAGCCCAGGCCCCCCCGUUGGCAGUCACCACGCCUGUUUCUCUGAUGACCAGGAACCCCACCCUGUGACCGACAUUGCGGACCUUAUCCGGGACUCCUACGAGAAAUUCGGGGACCAGUCUGUGGAGCAGAUUGAGCACCUGCGCUGCAAGCACCGUAUCCGGGUCCUGCAGGGACACGAGGACACCACAAGGCAGAACGUGCUCCGCGUUGUCCUCUCUGAGGUCUCGAUUUCUCCCGAGGACCUGGAGGAACUCUACGACUUAUUCAAGCGGGAGCACAUGCUGAGCUGCUACUGGGGGCAGCCUGGGCUGGUGGCCCUGCGCCACGACCCCAGCAGGCCCUACGCCGAGCAGUACCGCAUCGAUGCCCAGCAGUUCACACGCCUCUUCCUGCUGCUGUCCCCCUGGACCUGUGGGGCCCACACGGAGAUCCUGGCAGAGAGGACUUUCCGGCUGCUGGACGACAACAUGGACCAGCUCCUGGAGUUCCGGGCAUUCGCCAGCUGCCUAGAUACUAUGUACAACGGAGAAAUGAACGAGAAAAUCAAACUGCUGUACAGGCUUCACAUCCCUCCAGCGCUUACUGAAAAUGACCGGGACAGCCAGUCACCGCUGAGGAGUCCUCUGCUGUCGACAUCCAGGCCGCUGACAUUCGGCAAGUCCCAUGGUGAUACAGUUGAUUAUCAGAAGCAGCUGAAGCAGAUGAUUAGAGAUCUAGCCAAAGAAAAAGACAGAACUGAGAAGGAGCUGCCCAAGAUGAGCCAGAGGGAGUUUAUCCAGUUCUGUAAGACUCUGUACAGUAUGUUCCAUGAGGAUCCAGAGGAAAAUAUCUUGUAUCAGGCCAUUGCUACAGUCACCACACUGCUGUUGCAGAUCGGGGAGGUGGGCCAGCGCAGCAGCAGCUCGGGCAGCAGCUGCCAGGAGUGUGCAGAGGAGAUGCCUGGCCCUGCUGCCUCUCCCGAGGACUCCGUCUUCGCAGAGCCUGGCAGGCCCGCCCAGGACACCCAGGCAUUCCCUGCCAUGGCAGAAGGGGUCUGGUCAGUCUCCCUGGAGCACAUCCUGGCAUCGCUGCUCACUGAGCAAUCCUUGGUGAACUUCUUUGAAAAGCCACUAGACAUCAAGUCCAAACUUGAAAACGCCAAGACCAAUCAGUACGGCCUCAAAACCCUUGAACUGAGCCGCCAGCCGCAGCCUGACGGGAAGCUGGGUACCCCUCGGUGAGGCUGCCUGGCUGUCUGAGUGACCUGCUGGGAGACUGCCUGAGCAGCUCAUUUCCCAGGACUCCUAUUUAUUCUUUAAGAGACCACCUGUUGGACAGGCAGUGGCACUGGGUGGCCAUCUCGACACUGACCUGAGGCUUCGCUUCUAGCCAUCCUGCUGCAAUGGGUGCUCCUGCUGUGAUGCUGGUAUCACAACAGAGCCCAAGCACCAGAUACAGACCAACGAGGCAGAGGAGAACCCCAGGCUUGCAUUUCCAUGAGUCGUGUUCACUGUCAGGGCCACUGUCUGCAACUGUUUUUGGCUUUUUUGCACUAAUUUUGUUUCAAUGCUGGUAAUUGAAACCAUUUUACUAUUUUUGGUUGUAUUCACUUUGGGUAUGCCCUUCCAAAAAUGUGUUACAAUUAUGCUCUCAACCUUGGCCACCACAGUUUUUAAUAAACUUUUUUGUAUCAAUA